CCAGCUCAAAUUCCUGUGGACUCUGAGAGGAGCAUCACAGAGCAGGUCAGAGUGGAAAGGCAGAGGGAAGAGUGUGGACUCAAUGUACAGCUGAGACAAGCUGAGAAAGCUGUAACCAUGUGGAAGCAAGUAGCGGCGUUUUUGCUCCAGCUCUCCUUCAUCUCACAUCCUGGAAGCGCUCUGAGGAGAGGAGAUCUUUUCUCCUACGGGACCCAGAGUGGAGAUCGGACUCUGCCAGAAGGAGACGAUGAAACAUCUGAAGUGAUCUCACUGAGCAAAGCCAUGCGCUUCUACGACACCUCGUUCAACAAAUUAUAUGUGGCCACCAACGGCAUCAUCUCGCCUCAUGACCUUCCGAUGGAGAAGCAGUACGUUGAUGAUGGAUUCCCCACCGAAUUCCCUGUUAUUGCACCUUUUCUCGCCGACAUAGACACCAGUAAUGGAAACGGAGCCAUCUACUACCGCUUAACUGAGUCCCCCAGUGUCCUGAAUCGCAUCGCUUCCGAAGUCCAGAGAGGAUUCCCAGAAAGUCAGUUCACACCCACUCACGCGAUCAUCGCCACAUGGGAAAACGUAGCUGCUUACAAAGAGGUCACGCGCACCUCAGAGUCUUCCAGACAGGUUAACACAUUCCAGGCGGUGGUGGCUUAUGAUGAGGAGAACACCUACGCUCUUUACCUUUACCCGGAGGAUGGAUUGCAGUUCUUUGGAACGCGGCCUAAAGAGAUGUUUAAUGUGGAGAUUGAGCUGCCUGCGCGGGUCGGCUUCACCAGGGGAGAAGUCUUGUAUCUAUUCUUUUCACGCACCGAGGGACCUUAUUUCAGCCUCACCAGCAAUGAGCAGUCUGUCAAGAACUUGUACCAGACAGGUAACACUGGCGUGUCUGGCAUUUGGCUCUUCCACAUCGGAAACGCAUACUCCUUUGGCAACGUGAUUCCAGCUGGUCAUCAUGGCCUUCUACCCACCGCAUUCCCGAUGAAGACAACCAUUUUGUUACAAACCACCCCCGAGUUCCCUGUAGGAGAGUAUGAGACAGACAAUGAGCCUUUCAACGAGGAGCCAGAAUACAACAUCGAUCCAGAUUUCCCAAAUCCUGAUGCCACACAAUUCCCUCAGCUCGGCCACGGUGCCUCUAAGUUCAGUAGUUCAAACCAGGAAGCUGACUUACAUCUGUCCCAACUUGACCUCUACGAAGAUCACGGCACUCUGAGUCCAGACCCUCAGCCUACUCACCAUUCCCUUACAAAUUUUCAGAAAGAGGAAAUCAUCGAGUCUGUGGAUCCAGUCCCAGAGGCCACUCUUCUGGAAGCGUAUCCCAUUCACCCUGAUGGUCAUGUCAGGGUUAACGUGGAAGAAAAUGUGAACUUUGACUCUGGAGUGAUUCACUAUUCCACUGAAAACAAGGAGACGUGCAAUCGUUUCCAGCAGACCUGCAGCCAGAACGCUUACUGCGUCGAUUACCCAUCAGGCUACUGCUGCCACUGUCAUGCCGGUUUCUAUGGAAAUGGACGCCAUUGCCUUCCUGAUGGCGCUCCUCAGCGUGUGAAUGGAAAAGUCAACGGGAUGGUUACUGUGGGUUCGACCCCAGUGGGACUGGACAACAUCGACCUCCAUGUUUACAUCGUAGUGGGGGACGGUCGAGCAUACACAGCCAUCAGUGAAGUCCCAGAGCCUUUAGGGUGGUCUCUGAUGCCUGCCACACCCAUCGGUGGCCUUUUUGGGUGGCUCUUUGCACUCAAGCUUCCCAGCAGCUAUAAUGGUUUCAACAUCACUGGUGCCGAGUUUACUCGCCAUGCCGAUGUGACCUUUCACCCCGGCAACCAACGACUCACCAUUGUUCAGACCGCACGGGGGUUGGACAACCAGAACUACAUGAAUGUAGAAACUCAUCUGGAGGGCAGCGUUCCAUUCGUGCCCCCUGGUGCCAGCAUUCAGAUGGAGCCUUUUUCGGAAACCUAUCAGUAUUACCCAUCAUUGAUCACGUCCAACUCGAUACGGGAGUUUACGAUCGUGUCCGCUCAGAGUGGAGCUGAAAAGUUUACCUACCAUCUGAGACAGAACAUCACGUACAGGGACUGCAGGCACAUGCCGCAUGGCGGAGUCGAGACGCUGCAGCUCCAUGUUGAGCGAAUCUUUGCCAUGUACGUCAAAGAAGAGCGCGUCCUCAGAUACGCCAUCACCAACAAGAUCAGCCAUGUCGGAGCUUACAUCCCAGACCCUGUCCAGGAGAACCCAUGCUACAUAGGAAGCCAUGAUUGUGACACCACAGCACAGUGUGUGCCAGGAGAAGGGAAACUCUUUACCUGUGUAUGUGCUACUGGAUACACUGGAGAUGGACGCAACUGCUAUGAUGUGGACGAGUGUGCCGAAGGUCUGAGCUCCUGUGGGGGUCAUGCACAGUGUGUGAAUUUGCCAGGAAGUCACAGCUGCCAGUGCCAGAGCGGCUUUGAGUAUAGACAUGAGAGUCACACCUGUAUAGAUGUUGACGAGUGCCAAAGACCUCCGUGCCACCAUCAUGCUUCCUGCACCAACACUGCAGGCUCCUUCCAGUGCAGAUGUCAGCCUGGGUUCCACGGAGAUGGCUUCCAGUGUCACCCUCAGCAUAUUGAUGAAGGAAGACCUAAGACUCAGUGUGAGCAUCACAGAGACAGUGUACAGAGUGGAGUGGACGGUAUACCAAUGGUAGGAGCCUUUGUCCCACAGUGCGACGAGGAAGGUCGCUACAGGCCUCAGCAGUGCCAUGGUUCUACAGGACACUGCUGGUGUGUGGACAGUAGGGGGCAGGAGAGAGUGGAAACCCGCACCCCACCCGGUACCCCACCUGUCAACUGUGAAACUCCAGAACGUCCUAAGACUCAGUGUGAGCGGCACAAGGCCAGCGUUCAGGACAGAGGUGUGCCAGGUGCCUUUCUCCCCGAUUGUGAUGAGGAGGGACAAUACAGGUCUCAACAGUGCCACGGUUCUACAGGACACUGCUGGUGUGUGGACAGUAGUGGGCAGGAAAUAGCGGGUACCCGCACCCCACCUGGUUCCCCACCAACCAACUGUGAUGCGCCAGAACGUCCUAAGACGCAGUGUGAACAUCACAGAGAUAGCGUCCGGGGCGCAGCUGAUGGUUUACCGCUGACAGGAGCGUACGUCCCUCAGUGUGAUGAAGAAGGGAAAUAUAGACUUCAACAAUGCCACGGUUCAACAGGACACUGCUGGUGUGUGGACAGUAGUGGGCAGGAGAGAGCAGGCACCCGUACACCACCUGGUACCCAAAGUGUCAACUGUGAUGCUCCAGAACGUCCCAAGACACAAUGUGAGCAUCACAGAGAUAGCGUCCGGGGCAUAAAUGGAGGUUUACCGCUGACAGGAGCGUACAUCCCUCAGUGUGAUGAAGAGGGGAACUACAGGCCUCAACAAUGCCACGGUUCUACAGGUCACUGCUGGUGUGUGGACAGUAGUGGGCAGGAGAGAGCAGGCACCCGUACUCCACCUGGUACCCCAAGUGUCAACUGUGAUGCUCCAGAACCUCCUAAGACGCAGUGUGAACAUCACAGAGAUAGCGUCCGGGGUGCAGCUGAUGGUUUACCGCUGACAGGAGCGUACGUCCCUCAGUGUGAUGAAGUGGGGAACUACAGACUUCAACAAUGCCACGGUUCUACAGGACACUGCUGGUGUGUGGACAGUAGUGGGCAGGAGAGAGCAGGCUCCCGUACACCACCUGGUACCCCAAGUGUCAACUGUGAUGCUCCAGAACGUCCUAAGACUCAGUGUGAAGAGCACAGAGAUGGUCUGCAGGCUGGAGUGGAUGGUUUGUCAUUGGAAGGAGCCUUCAUUCCUCAGUGUGACGAAGAGGGACAUUACAAGUCAUUACAGUGCCAUGGCUCUACUGGACACUGCUGGUGUGUGGACAGUAGGGGGCAGGAGAGAGCGGGCACCCGGACACGACCUGGUACUCCACAUGCCAACUGUGAUGCUCCAGAACGUCCGAAGACUCAGUGUGAGCAGCACAGAGAAAGCGCGUACGGCAUAGCCAAUGUGGAUGGAUUACCUGUGCGGGGAGUCUUCGUCCCACAGUGUGAUGAGGAAGGUCAUUACAAGUCGUUACAGUGCCAUAGCUCUACAGGAUACUGCUGGUGUGUGAACAGUAGGGGGCAGGAGAGAGCAGGCACCCGUACACCGCCUGGUACAUCGCAUGCCAACUGUGACGCUCCAGAACGUCCUAAGACUCAGUGUGAAGAGCACAGAGAUGGUUUGCAGGCUGGAGUGGAUGGUUUGCCUGUGGUGGGAGCCUUCAUUCCUCAGUGUGACGAAGAGGGUCAGUACAAGUCAUUACAGUGCCAUGGCUCUACUGGACACUGCUGGUGUGUGGACAGUAGGGGGCAGGAGAGAGCAGGCACCCGGACACGACCUGGUACUCCCCAUGCCAACUGUGAUGCUCCAGAACGUCCUAAGACUCAGUGUGAAGAGCACAGAGAUGGUUUGCAGGCUGGAGUGGAUGGUUUGCCUGUGGUGGGAGCCUUCAUUCCUCAGUGUGACGAAGAGGGUCAGUACAAGUCAUUACAGUGCCAUGGCUCUACUGGACACUGCUGGUGUGUGGACAGUAGGGGGCAGGAGAGAGCAGGCACCCGGACACGACCUGGUACUCCCCAUGCCAACUGUGAUGCUCCAGAACGUCCGAAGACUCAGUGUGAGCAGCACAGAGAAAGCGCGUACGGCAAAGCCAAUGUGGAUGGAUUACCUGUGCGGGGAGUCUUCGUCCCACAGUGUGAUGAGGAAGGUCAUUACAAGUCGUUACAGUGCCAUAGCUCUACAGGAUACUGCUGGUGUGUGGACAGUAGGGGGCAGGAGAGAGCAGGCACCCGUACACCGCCUGGUACAUCGCAUGCCAACUGUGACGCUCCAGAACGUCCUAAGACUCAGUGUGAAGAGCACAGAGAUGGUUUGCAGGCUGGAGUGGAUGGUUUGCCUGUGGUGGGAGCCUUCAUUCCUCAGUGUGACGAAGAGGGUCAGUACAAGUCAUUACAGUGCCACGGCUCUACUGGACACUGCUGGUGUGUGGACAGUAGGGGGCAGGAGAGAGCGGGCACCCGGACACGACCUGGUACUCCCCAUGCCAACUGUGAUGCUCCAGAACGUCCGAAGACUCAGUGUGAGCAGCACAGAGAAAGCGCAUACGGCAUAGCCCAUGUGGAUGGAUUACCUGUGCGGGGAGUCUUCGUCCCACAGUGUGAUGAGGAAGGUCAUUACAAGUCGUUACAGUGCCAUAGCUCUACAGGAUACUGCUGGUGUGUGGACAGUAGGGGGCAGGAGAAAGCGGGCACCCGUACACCACCUGGUACAUCGCAUGCCAAUUGUGACGCUCCAGAACGUCCUAAGACUCAGUGUGAGCAGCACAGAGACAGCGCAUACGGCAGAGCGCAUGUGGAUGGUUUACCUGUGCGGGGAGCCUUCGUCCCUCAGUGUGAUGAAGAGGGCAGUUACAAGUCAUUACAGUGCCAUAGCUCUACAGGAUACUGUUGGUGUGUGGACAGUAGGGGGCAGGAGAGAGCAGGCACCCGUACACCACCUGGUACCCCACAUGCCAACUGUGACGCUACAGAACGUCCCAAGACUCAUUGUGAGCAGAACAGAGAGAGAGCACAGAGCCGAGUAGAUGGAAGUGUGGCAGGAGCCUUCAUCCCUCAGUGUGAAGAGGAUGGUCGUUACAAAAUGUUACAGUGCCAUGGCUCUACAGGACACUGCUGGUGUGUGGACAAUAGUGGGCAAGAGAUAGAGGGCACCCGAACCUUACCUGGUGCCCCAACUAGCAACUGUAAUGUUCCAGUGACUGCAGCCCCUGCGGCACGUCCUGAGACAGUAUGCGAGCGCUGGCGGGCCAGUCUAAUGGAGCACUACGGGGGGCGUCCAGGUCCAGAGCAUUUUCUUCCCAAGUGUGAUGCAUCGGGCGAGUUUACCCCAGUGCAGUGUUACGGCGAGACCAGUUACUGCUGGUGUGUGGACAAAGACGGCCGGGAAGUUCCCGGGACUCGCUCGCAUGACAAAGUCAAGCCUGCUUGUAUACCAACGGUCCCCCCGCCCACCAUGCAUCCAUUGCCCCGCCCAGAUGUGACUCCUCCGCCCUCAGGCACUACUUUGCUCUACGCGCAAGGGCAACAGAUCGGAGCGCUUCCUCUCAACGGCACACGCAUGGACAAGGAGAGAUCCUCAGUGCUCCUCUCCCUGCAUGGCUCCAUAGUAGUCGGUAUUGACUACGACUGUAGAGAGCGGAAGGUUUAUUGGACCGAUCUCGCUGGAAGAACGAUCAGCAGAGCUGGUCUGGAGCCUGGAUCCGAACCGGAGAUCCUCAUUAACACCGGACUCAUGAGCCCAGAGGGUUUAGCCGUUGACAUAGCUCGCAGGAGGAUGUUCUGGGUGGACAGCACGCCCGAUAAAAUCGAGACGGCCAAGCUGGACGGAAGCGACCGACGCGUUCUAUUCAACACCGACUUGGUUAAUCCGAGAGCCAUCAUCGUGGACUCUCUCUCAGGAACUCUGUACUGGACCGACUGGAACCGGGAAGCCCCCAAAAUUGAAAGCGCCACAGUGGAAGGGCAGAACAGGAGGGUGCUUGUGCGGGACGGCAUCGGGCUCCCUAACGCUCUGACGAUUGACUCCACAACACGUCGUAUCUGCUGGGCUGAUGCAGGAACGAAGCGUCUGGAAUGUAUCGCACCUGAUGGGACGGGACGCCGCGUGAUUCACAGCAACUUGAACUAUCCCUUCAGCAUGGUCUUUUACACCAAUCACUUCUACUUUACAGACUGGAGGAGGGACGGAGUCAUCGGUUUAAGUCGAGACUCGAGCCAUUUUACAGACGAGUAUCUGCCCGAUCAGCGUUCACAUCUGUACGGCAUCACUGUCGCCACAUCCAGCUGUUUAUAGGGGAGGACGUAAUAACAGAGCCACUGUUACAUAGUGCUAUCGUUUUGUCCUUUUUGGGAUGGGUUUUGGAAAACGAACACCUCUCUCAGCUGAUGCCAAAGCCACUGCGUCUUUAUAAACCCCCCCCCAACCCAAAGAAAAAAGGUCACAUUUCUCCAUGUUUAGUUUUGUACAUUUGUUUUAUACCUCAAUUCUCUCUACUGUAUUUUUGUAUGGGUUUUUUUUUUUAUAUAAAUAUAUUAUAGAAAGCCAAAGAGGCCCAAAUUAAAGUCAUGUUUUUGGUGCAGAAUGUUCGUGUGGAUAAAUCGGUUUACACACGUGAACACUAUUGGAGCCCUCGGUGCACAAUUCUUUUUUAUUUCUUUUUAUUUUUGCGGAACGGAAUUGAACGUAGCCGAUAUUUUUCUUCCCCUGCAGUUCCUUUUUGUAACCGUUUUUUUGUAAGAUGUGAUAUUUAUAACAAUAAAACGUGAUUCACAA